ACGCAAUCCUGAGCAGCUGGAGCUGACGUUGGACUGAGCUGCCAGGUAGCUGAAAAAAGGCAGAGAAGGCAGCUGAUACCCACUUUUCAACGUUUCUUUCUUUUUUUUUUUAAGUCUGGAUCUGGACUUCAAGCAUCACAGCGCCCGAGCCAGCUCAUCUGAACCCUCAGUGUAUUGCAAUACCCUCUCUUCCCAAAGAAAAGAUUCCACUGAGUAGCAGAAUGCUCGCAGUGUCGCAGCCAGGGCUACAGCGCAGAGCCUUUCUGUAAAUUUGUGUGUGUGCGUGUGUGUGUGUGAUUCCUUUCUUUGAGGGCACCUUUGGUUUUUGUUACCCUGAUGUGACUUUUGCUUCGCUUUGGAAUGAUGGGGAUCUUUCUGGCUUAUGUUGGAUGCAUUUUCUUUUCCGUGUUGUAUAUUCAACAAGGACUUUCUACCCAAGCAAAAUUCACCGAGUUCCCCCGAAAUGUCACAGCCACUGAAGGGCAGAACGUGGAGAUGUCGUGCGCUUUCCAGAGCGGCUCCGCCUCGGUGUACCUCGAGAUCCAGUGGUGGUUUCUGCGAGCAGCCGAGGAGCAGGAGGCUGGAGGCGAGGUGACGGGCACUCAGGUGGAGCUCUUACCAGAGAGAGACUUGGAUAAUGACGGAACAAAGAUAAGCACAGUGAAAGUACAAGGGAAUGACAUCUCCCACAAGCUGCAGAUUUCAAAAGUGAGGAAAAAGGAUGAAGGCUUGUAUGAGUGCAGGGUGACAGAUGCCAACUAUGGAGACCUUCAGGAAUACAAGGCCCAGGCAUUUCUCAAAGUCAAUGCUAACAGCCACUCUCGGCGAAUGCAGGCCUUUGAAGCAUCCCCAAUGUGGUUGCAAGAUAUGAAACCUCGCAAGAACAUCUCAGCAGCUGCUCCCAGUAGCGUCCAUAACUCUUCCAAUCAGCGAAUGCGCUCCACCGCCAGCCCUGAAGCAGCAGCUAAAAUCCCAAAACAGAGUCCACAAUCAGUGCAUGCCAAGACAUUCAUGGGCACCAGAGCCAAGCUGGCGAGCUAAUUAAAUAUAUAAAAUGUAUGUGUUUAAAACAGCCUUAUAAGGAGCAUUGGAAAUCUGCAAGAUGAGCGAAUAUCUUAUAACUUCUUCCGCAGGUGCGAGGAUAGCUACAAGCCAUGGACUUUCUGUCCUGCUUCUUGUUUGUGGCUUUGUGAAGGGUGCUUUGCUUUAAUCUAAAAGUGCUGACUUUUUCCAAUAUCACUUUCUCUUCUUAAAGCAAAGAGCAAAUCGCCUGUAAAAUCCACGGAGCGGACAGCAAAGUUGACCCUAACCUCCAACCACCACUCUGCACCCAAUGUACUCUAAUUCUCUACACAUGGAGCACCUUCAGGAAGUACAAAAAACAAAUAUAUAUAUUGUUUAAACAUAUAAAUAUAUAUAUGAAGAGGAUACCACAUUUUCUUGAUCUAUAUUAUUUUCUUUGCUGUAUCACCGAUCAUUUAUUUGAAGAGAACUGGUGUGAUGUAACAGGACAUUUUGUAACAGCAAGACCUAGUUUCCUUUUCUUUCAGCAAGUAGAAGCAUCAUAUCCUUGACUGCUCAGGGGUUGGCUUGCAAGUCAUCGGUAUUAUACAAAUUCACUAUGGAUGAUAUUUGGUUUCCUUCUUUGAAAGAACUGUGGCAGCCAUGAGGCAAACAGUGGCCAAAAUAAAUAAAUAAAAAAUUAACCAACAAAAAAUCCCAAGAGAACAAAAUGACUCAGCAUCACCUCUGACCAAAAAAAACCCCUCAGAAACUUUGAUUAAAAGCCAAUUUUUUUUGUGAGGGUCAGGAGUGCAAAACAAAAAUACCAACAUUGCAAAGCAACUAACAGGACUAAAGGACGUUAUUUCUGAAGACAAGCAAGAAGCACUAUUGAGGGUUUUUUUUUAAUUUUACUUUUUUGAAUUUUUUCCUCUUUUUCCCCACCUCCUCCCUUUUCCUCUCUUUUCUCUUGGUUUGUUUUUUGUUCAAUGGUGGCAGUUGAUGACGUAGGCCAACCCCUAUUGACUGUGUGGUGGUAAUAUAAAUACAUUUUUUUGUGUGUGUGUUCUAUAUUUCGAUGUGUUUUCUCUGAUUUUGCAACUCCUGUAUAUGCAAAACUAACUUCAAUUCUGUAAAUUGCUUACAGUAUGUGUGAUAUAACUUCACAGUAGACAUACCAUGGUCCUCAUGCAAGCCAGUUUUUAAUAUUAUCUAUAUGUCGUGCCACCAACAGACAUUUUUGUUUCCUUUUUUGAUGAAGCAUUAUUUUUUAAUUUGUAAUUCAGUACUGUGUGGAUUUUGUAAUACAUGCAUUCACUUCCACUGGUUUGACCCCUUGCAGAUGGCAAUGCAGCCCUCUGUUUACUCUGUAAA